AUGGCGGUUUCGGAAGACAUGGUUGUAUUACAUAAUGUGCGGCAUCUGAACUUGGACAGUCGGUCGCAGGAGUCAAGCUCUAGUGCUCCUACUAUGCUCAAGCAUCAUCCAUAUUCUCAUUAUACGAUGGAGAUCUUCGAUUUUCCUCAUCUCAAGACAAAAGCAUACCUAAUGCUUUUCAGCAAGGUAACCAAUGCAGCAGCACUGAAGUCGCGGAUUGUGGCAGCUUCAACAGCAGAAGGAGAAGUCGGAGAACAAGAACGGGAAGCGGUUAACUUUGCCUUCAUCGACGCUCGUUUAAUAACGAGCAAGUUACAUCUAGAAACUGCAAUCUACCAGGCCAUCCUGGCAGAGUGUCAGGAUGGGCUUCGAACACGGACCGUUCAUUCUGAGAUUCUCUACUAUCUGAACCCGACACACAACAUCACCGAAGCCAUCCGGCGUUACGGUGUUUCUGGAGAGAACAACGACAUCUUCGUCGUACGCGUCGGCUCUUUAGAAUUGGCACCAACGGUAGAGUCCAAGAUGAAAGCCGUUGUUACUGGGACUAUCGUGCCCGAAGCAGAGUUGCAGCAUAUAACAGACUGGCCAUCCAUAAAAAAGUAUCAUAAACUUAAUGGUGAGAUCGCAAUCAAGGAAGCUGGUCAAGACUCGCAGAAGGAACAUGCUAUUGUCGAUAAAAUCGUUAUCAGUUCUGUUGCGAUGAAAAGCGUCGUGCAGUGA